UAAGCCAUCGUGGCAUUUGGAUUUAGGGUUUGUAGUAAUGUCUCUGGAGGGCUCAAUUGGAGGAGCUCACAAUGUGGAGCCAGCGGCGGUGGCGGGGUCGGAUCGAUGGUCCGCGGCGCUGAGCAAUGUCUCGCAGAUUGGCGGCGUUGUGGAAUCGCUCUCGGGAUUGCUGCUGCACAAGGCCGUGUACAUGGACGAGGAGGCUUUCGGGCAUGCCGCCUCGAAUGCUCGUCAAUCCCGCAAUGCCGUGGCCCAGGAGAGGAGAAUCCGUGCGCUGGAGAAGGAGCUGGAUUCUGCCAUUGCUGCUGCGCGCCAGGCUCGGGUAGAGAAGAAGCGUGCCGAGUCUCUGCAGCGAGCGGCUGAGGCUCACUGUCAGGAGGUGCUGCAAGAGCUUGAGAACACAACAAAGGUUUUCAAGCUGCAUUUGGAGGAGUUCAGGAAGAAAGAGGAAGAUCUUACCAGGAAGGAUUCCGAGAUACAAGUGUUAAAGGCAAUCAUUCAAACAAUGACAAAAGCGUAGGUGUUAGUUUUUACAACAAUCAGGAUAAUAUUCUGAUUAGACUAAGACCUGCCUUAGUCUAGUAGUAGUAUGUGCAAGAGCUGAUGCGUGGCUGCUAGUAAAAAUUCACUCGGGGAUUGUCAAUGUAAAGCAGAAGUUGCACUCAAAA